AUGACAAGAACAAGAACAUUCAUCCUCGGCUUCCUGGCUCUGUCAACGCCCGCAAUCGCACUGAAGACAGCCUGCUACAAUUCCCUGGGCAGUCUCGCGCCCUCGCACACGACGACAGAAUACCAGUCCGUGGCGCUGUGCCAGCAAUUCUGCAAUGCAGAGAACAAGCCUGUCUAUGCUGUCCAGGACAAGAAGUGUUUCUGUGGGGACACACUUCCUCCGCUAGAAGCCAAGGUUGAGAAUACGGAAUGCGGUGGCCAAGCAACCUACACCAUCGGCACCAGCAAACGCCAAACUCAACGUGCCAUCUACACAGCCCCCGUAACCGACGCCGAAACGCGUACCGAAACAGAAGCCAACGGCAUCCUGACCGCACCCGACGUCGACGACGGCGACGCAGACCCCCUGGCCAGUCUCAGCGUGAAUCCGACCAUGGUCCGGACGGCCAGCAACGCCCCCACCGGCACGGAUACCCCCAAGAGUAUCCUGACCGCGUCAGCUCAGCCGUCUUCAACUAUGGCUACCUCGGCUGCUACGGUGGCCCCCACGGCUUCUGCGUCGGCGGCGUCGUCCUCGUCGGCGAGUACUAGUGGGGUGGCUUCGCCGUCUGCGAGUGUGGCUACUGGUGCUGCUGCUGCUGGGAGGGGGGUUGGGAGGGAGAUGGUGUUGGGUGGGAUUGUGGCUGGGUUGGUGGUGAGGGGGUUGUUUUAG